GUCACGCAUCCUUUGAUCGACACUCGAUUUCUUGUUUUGCCCAAAUGAGGCUGUGGCUGUGGUGAAUUGUGGAUUACGGAGAUAGGAUCCUUGUCAAGCACUGACACAUUAAUGAGUUAUUUGUUGUUGGAGCUGUCAGUGUCAACCAAUCGAUCAACAAGGGUAUCGGGGGUAUUGGAUAUAGGUCGUGUUACAGGUAGACUACUGGAUAGUGGUGGAGGUCAUUUGAUUUUGAUACGACAAUAUUACAAUGGGAAACUAUCUGUUCGGCUGUAGCUGAUUUUGUUAUGCUUGGCACAUUGAAGACAACGUGCGUAGAGCAGUUUUUCUCUCAGUAGUGUUUAGUGUCAUACUGGAACUAGUGAAGGUAAGACACUUUACCAUUUACCACUAACGAGUCACGGUACGACACUUUAAGAUUUAACAUUAAUGACGGAAGGAAAGACAGUAUAAGAUUUAACACUAAUUAGUGAAGGUAAGACAGUGUAAGAUUUAACAUUAACGACAGAAGGAAAGACAGUAUAAGAUCUAAAACUAAUUAGUGAAGGUAAGACAUUGUAAGAUUUAACAUUAACGACAGAAGGAAAGACAGUAUAAGAUCUAAAACUAAUUAGUGAAGGUAAGACAUUGUAAGAUUUAACAUUAGCGACGAAGGAAAGACAGUAUAAGAUCUAACACUAAUUAGUGAAGGUAAGACAGUGUAAGAUUUAACACUACCUAGUGGCGAUAAGUUAAGUAGUUGAUAAGAACUAGUGAAGCGAAGAAGGUAUAACAUUCGAACUUACUAGUGAAGGUAAGACAGUGGAUAUGAAAUAGCGUAAGAAGGGUGAAAGGUGAUGCUCCACCCAUGUCGGCAUUUUGGUCGACGGAAGUGACAAAUGAAGGUAAUUAACUCAUUACAAGACUCGAUGCGAAAAUUUAUUUUUCCAUUAAAAUUUACAAACUCGUAAUAGACAUUGGAACUUGAUUAGUUAAUGUUGAGUUCAGACUAUGUUUAAAACAUGAUGUCAUGACCCACUUUUUCAAAACGAUGUAAAAAAAAAAAAAAAAAAAAGAACAAAAAGACAAUUUAUUACCCGACAAAAACAAAUUUGUCAGAAAUGUUUCUAUUAUCCGCCCCAAUUCCGUGUCAGCCCGAGCACAUGCCCAGCCUGGCCCACCCUAGUUACGCCACUACAUGUAAUACAACUUACUCGUUCACCUCUUGGUCUACAGUCUACACUCAAACGUCUUCAGUCACAGCAUCUACUCGUAUCUUAUUUCGUUACUUUUUCUCCGGUCUUUGGCGUUCACCAGUUGAAUUUACAUUUUUGAUGAUUUUGAUCGCGCCCUGGCGUGAGAAGGGUGUGUGGUGGAGGGAGCCACCCGCCCUGGGCGGCCCUUUGUUCUUUAUAUACAUUGGGGCGGCAUUUUCGGCAAACUGCAGAGUUGUGUUCAGCGAGGAGGCAUACAAUAUCUUGACCCACCGGGGCACCACUCCGGGCCCUGUAAACAAUCCCUCUAUGAUACAGUCUGACUUCUCGUAUUUUAUUCACUCCUUAUUCUGAUUUAAUGUUUUUUGUUGUUUUUUUUUCAAAUCAAUCAAACAAAUCAUCAUUUUGCUAGUUCAUCAAUAGAUCCGUGAUAAAAUAGCAUUUACAUAAGUCUUACAGUAAUACAUAUUGCAUUGAUCAAGGUCUUACAGUAAUGCAAAGUGCAUGGCUCAGACGCUUCAAAUGCAUCGCUACAUCUCUAAAUCAAGAAUAUUGAUCGCCCAGCCUUGACGACCUCAAACAGCUUCUAGAAAACAGUCGAUUUCUUCCUUCGCAGUUCUGACACAUAACCACGUGGCAUAGUGAACCCUAAUAAACACCUGGAGUUGCCAGCUCACAAAGAGCUUGUCGCGUCUCAACGACCCGUUCAGUCCGAUUAAAACUGUGCCCACCGAUACUAACAGUAUCGAUGUAUUACUAAGAGCGAUAUAUAUUGCGAACAAUCCCCUUAGCAAUAUUAUAAACAAACGGUCAGAAGACAUUUUUUUUUAAAAAAUACAUGAGAUCAAUAACAACAUUUAAAAAAAAAAAAUUCAACUUGCUACAAUCUAGUUGAAAAAUGGUCAAAUUACUCUCUACACUGUAGACCAGGCCUGCACAACAUACGGCCCGCGGACUGCAAGCGGCCCACCAGCCCCACUAAGUGGCCCGCAAGGUUACGAAAUUUUCUUUAUUCUUAUUAUUUUCUUAAUAGCUUCCCCCGUCCUAUUUUCUUUUGGCCCGCAAAAGUUGUUCAUUAUGUAUUACGGCCCACCUUACAACUGUAUUACGGCCCACCUUACAACUGUAUUACGGCCCACCUUACAACUGUAUUACGGCCCACCUUACAACUGUAUUACGGCCCACCUUACAACUGUAUUACGGCCCACCUUACUACUGUAUUACGGCCCACCUUACAACUGUAUUACGGCCCACCUUACAUUUUGAGUUGUGCAGGCCUGCUCUAGACAGUCCGCGCGGCUGUUGAACACUCUCAGUUGAAGCAGAAGUUGGGGUCCUAUACUAUUUGUUUGUACUUUUGAAUAAAUUUAAAUAUAUCCAAUUUGAUGGAUCAGAAAUCCUCUCCAUGCUAACCUGUUUAAGCUACGCGCUGUCCCAAGAUCCAGAUGUGUACCGUGAGCAUGUGUCUGCCAAUAGCCAAACCUAAUCCAUAGGGACUAUCUCUGUCUACAGAUUAUAUGAAUGUAGUGGAAAGUUGGUAAACAUAUUUGUGAAUCUCAGACUGGGACCGCUAAAGAAAUUUGUUGAUAUUGAUCUCCGUGUGUGGGCGAGGGCUUGGCUGUUUAGUACAGCAGUCAAAAGUGCUGUUGAUGUGAGGCAACGAUACUUUAGUACAUCUGUCAAAAGUGCUGUUGAUGUGAGGCAACGAUACUUUAGUACAUCUGUCAAAAGUGCUGUUGAUGUGAGGCAACGAUACUUUAGUACAUCUGUCAAAAGUGCUGUUGAUGUGAGGAUCGAUACUGCCAGGUGGCUGUCACUCAGGGCACCAGCUUGUAGGCCUGUGCUGAGUGUCAGGGCGGGAAGGGGAGGGGGGGAGAGCGUGGUACCUAACCUGCCAGGCUUAUUAUGUGCUCCACGCAGGGCUAAAAGUUAUGAAUGCGUGGCACAUACCACCAUUACAUUACAGUGCGUGUUGUGAACAAGAAUACAACCGUGUUGGUAGUUACUAUAAAUAGAUCCAUCUUGUUUACGUUUAUGGAUAAGAAGUAACGUGUGCUUGAAAAAUACAACCUAUAGAAUGUUGAGUUUCAUUUCAUAAUUAUGAUACAAGAUGUGUGUCACUGGUUUACCACUAGGGAGAUGAGAGUCAUGUUUAUCACUGGUUCACCACUAGGGAGAUGAGCAUAAUCUGUGUCUGACGCCAUUUCUUUAUUUUAACAUUUCUUUAGCCCACCUGCUGAUAGAUUAACUGGUGAUUAACUUUAUCUCAUUUCAGUGCAAACAACGUUGAAGAGAUCACAAUAAAUACAACGUGAAGGAACUGACACUUCUCCGAGAGAAUAAAAAUAGAGAACAACUGAAUUAACUUCGUGACUUUGACUCUAGUCCAGACUCAGUUGUUGCCAUGCAGAACGGACACGGGACCGGGCUGCUGGUCAGUAACGGACUUACCGUCAUCAACGCCCAGCUCAGCCCACCCCACCAGCUGCCCAGGAUGGCCGAGGACCAGCUGAAAGCCUUGGAGGAUAAUUUCCAGAAGAACAGGAACCCCUCGGAUCUGGACAUCACCAUCAUAGCCGCUGAGGUCGGGCUGUCUGAAACAGCUGUCAUGGUGAGCCACAGUUUGAACGGUUACCAUGUUACUGUCUGUUACAUGACUUGUUACUGUUGUGAUUUUAAUCAAUUUGUCUAAAGAUGGGCUGAGAACCUUUAAAGAUGGGCUGAGAACCUUUAAAGAUGGGCUGAGAACCUUUAAAUAUGGGUUGAGAACCUUAAAAGUUGUGUUAAGAACCUUCACAGAUGGUCUGAGAACCAUCAAAGAUGGGUUGAGAUCCUUUAAAGAUGGGUUGAGAACCAUCCACAAUAUUAUUUCAACCAGACCUGGUGGUUUACCACACUACGCUGGAGUCGCAUAAUUGCCUGACUUGACUGUGCACUCAGCCAUCGCCAGAAUGAGUACAGCGGCAUCAGCCACAGCAGCAGCUUGAUUAGAUUAAGGUCUGAGUCAUGUAGGAGUAGAUGUGUUUAUGAGUAUGAUUACUAGAACCUGUUGGUUAACAUGCCUACAAUAAAACCUGAAGAGUUAGUAGUUAGUGGUUACACGCUGCAACUGUUGCAGGGUUUAGGGAAGGGGAGGGGGGUAGCAGAGAUGUAGCGAUACGCUGUGCAUUAGCAUGAGCUUGCAGGUAUAAAAAAAUUGACGAAGUGUAUCAUGUGCUGAGGGGGGGGGGGGGGGGGGCCGGGUGCAGUCCGGCCAUAACCUCCCCCCCCCCCCCCCGUUUUUAGAUUCACCCCCGCAUGUUAACCAGAUGAAACAGCUCAGCCUCUGAAGUCCAAUCUCUUUUAACACUCUGCGAUGCUAUAAAGGUCACGUGACCUCCCUCCUUCAUUUUGAUUUAACUAUAUCCUCUUUAAUUUGUUUUAUUUUUAAUGUCUUUGGGUUGGGGGCUGUGAGAAAACCGGAAGUAGCUAAUCGGUCUGAUUUUAUUGGCGUAAUAAGAAAAAAAUGACUGAAUCAAUCAGAUGUUCUCUGACAGUCGGAUGUUUUUUGACAGUCAGAUGUUCUCUGAGUUCUUAAAAAUAGAAAAAUAUUCCGACUUAAACACGGAAGCGCCCUUUAGUGCUAUUUAUCAAUUUGACUGAAACAUAAGCCUUCCAGUGUUUGGCCCUCGCUACGCCUCUGUGACUGAAACAUAAGCCUUCCAGUAUUUGGACCUCGCUACUUGCACAUGAUGAAAUUUCUCCCAUGAAAAUAAAAAUGUUUAAAAAAAUGUCUGUUCCGAACUCUUAAAAUUGGGGUUCGUAACCCUUUUCCAGAGCCGCAACCCUGUGAGAUGCCCACCCCUGUGAGAUGCCCACCCCUGUGAGAUGCCGCACCCCUGUCCAUUUCCCAUCUCAACCCAGAGGAGAAAAUUAUGAGAGUAUUAUUUGUGUGGGGGGGGGGAGGUUGGGGGCAUUAAAAAGUAUUGCUCUUACCGCACUGCCUCCCGCACCACUAUGAGAAUAUACACCCCUACGAGAUGCCCACCCCUACGAGAUGUCCAACCCUACGAGAUGCCCACCCCUACAAGAUGCCCACCCCUACGAGAUGCCCACCCCUACGAGAUGCCCCCCCCCAUGAGAUGCCCACCCCUACGAGAUGCCCACCCCUACGAGAUGCCCACCCCUACGAGAUGCCCACCCCUACGAGAUGCGCCCCCCUAUGAGAUGCGCCCCUCUACGAGAUGCGCCCCUCUACGAGAUGCCCACCCCUACGAGAUGCGCCCCCCUACGAGAUGCCCACCCCUACGAGAUGCCCGCCCAUGCGAGAUGCCCACCCCUACGAGAUGCGCCCCCUACGAGAUGCGCCCCCCUAUGAGAUGCCCACCCCUACGAGAUGCCGGCCCUUCACAUGUAAAAUCUACUUUACUUUAAUUUUAUUUUUGAAAGCUUUAUUCCCAUGAAGUACUUUCAAUCUGCCCUCAUACCAGUACAUCUAUUGGAUCUAUCGUUUGAUGAAAAGAGAGGCGAACAAUGACAUUGUAACAUCGAGGGUAUUUUACACAGUUCACCCAGAGCUCCUUUGAAAUUAAGACGAACUAAUCUGUUUAGUUUUGUCAGUGUUGUUACAUUGCAAGGACUACUUUGUCAAAUAUAUCAGAGAGAAGAAAUGAAAAGUGUAAUCUCUAAUAGAGCCCAAGGCUUUCGUAAUUUUAAUGACUUUCUUGUCUACUCAUCAGCGCUGGUUUGAACACAGACUUGCAAGAUGGCGCCAGCAGCAAGGACUUCCGGCUAACAGUGGUUCAGUGAAUGAGUAGCCUCAAGGUUGACUGGACUUGACAUGCUGAAAUCAAGCCUUGUAAAUAGCACGCGCGAAAUUGUCGACCUGUUUCUCACAUCACGUUUUACCUCUCGUUCGCAUUGCUAUGUUGAGUCUCCAGAACAAGGUCUUUGAAUAGGUCUUCUAUCAACAUGGUCUAACAAUAUGUCUUCUAUCAACAUGGUCUAACAAUAGGUCUUCUAUCAACAUGGUCUAACAAUAGGUCUUCUAUCAAAAUGGUCUAACAAUAGGUCUUCUAUCAACAUGGUCUAGCAAUAGGUCUUCUAUCAACAUGGUCUAACAAUAGGUCUUCUAUCAACAUGGUCUAACAAUAGGUCUUCUAUCAACAUAGUCUAACAAUAGGUCUUCUAUCAACAUGGUCUAACAAUAGGUCUUCUAUCAACAUGGUCUAACAAUAG